ACAUCAUCGAGUCAUGACGUCAUUAUCUCAGGCGGUGACGGUAAUGGCGACGAAAAUGUCAUUUGCUUAGUAUUUUAAUCGUGCAAUGUCAUUCUCGGCAUAAUGGUAGAUAGAUUGGUUAGAGAUGACACUAGAACCAGACGAGAAAGGCGCGCGCAAAUUAUUAGAGACACCAGAGUUAGGUCAUACGAAAGUAAAAUGUGUUCUCGUAGGUGAUAGUUGUGUUGGAAAGACAAGUCUUGUCGUUAGUUACAGCACUAAUGGUUACCCAAACGAAUAUAUUCCCACCGCUUUUGAUAAUUAUUCAGUGAUAGUAACAGUUGACAAUCAGCCUGUUUGCUUACAGUUAUGUGACACUGCUGGACAGGAUGAUUUUAAUUCACUUCGUACUCUGUGCUAUCCACAGACACAUGUUUUUUUAUUGUGUUUUAAUAUAGUGUGUCCUACGUCAUUUUUCAACGUAACAAAAAAAUGGCUUCCAGAAAUACGUAGAUAUUGUCCUACGUCGCCAAUAUUGCUCAUUGGUACUCAAUGUGAUCUGCGCAAUGAUGUCAAAGUAUUAAUAGAACUUGCCAAUUAUAACAAACAACCUGUCAGAGAAUCCGAAGCGAAACAAUUAGCUCAACAGAUUGAUGCAGUAACUUACAUCGAAUGUUCAGCUUUAACCCAAAAAAAUCUUAAAGAAGUAUUUGAUACAGCUCUUCUAACAGCUCUGAGGUAUCAGAAAUCUGACACUGCCAUGCAGGAUAAUACACCACAAAAAGUGUCAUGUGAUAAUAAAUUAAUGACUACAGUAGGUCUUAAUUUAGGGAAAAAAAGGGGAUGGAAAAAAUUUUGCUGUUUUUUCUGAUUUACACAAAUUUAUUUUGUAUAUAUUGCUGCUAUUUGAAUGGAAAAAUAAUUUAUAGUAAAUUUAGCCUUAUAAAUUUAUACAAAUUUGUCUUUGUGAAGUACUUUUUACAUGUGAUUUUAAUUUUAAUCAAGAUGUGAAUACUUUAUUAGAAUGAAACUGAUCAAUAGAAAAAUAUAUGUAUUUAAGUCAACAAUUUGCAUGAAAUGUAGUAUUUUUAGAUUAUAUAAAAAUAUAUGAAAUGUUUACUUGGAUUUAAUUUUUAUAUUCUGUAAAUUGUUUACAAUACUACUAUAUAGUAUAAAAUAAAUUCUAAUUGUCUGCACUGUUGAAUGAGCUGACUACAGAAUGUUCCAUAUACUCAGAUUUAAAUAUUAAACUAAGAAGUUGUUACUCAUGUUAAUAAUAUCUAGUCGACUAUAAUAGAACUCAAUUAUAAUAGUUUACAGAAAUUAAAAUAUAGUUAAUAUAUUAUAUAUAUUAUGCUUGAUAUACUACUAUGGUAAGUUGAAGCCAUGGUGUCUAUGAAAUCUAUUGAUGAAAUUAAAAAUUUAUUUGUAUUCUACAAAAACUUAAUCCAAAGAUUUGAUUUGUUCCUUAACUUUGUUAUAAAUUUAGUUGAAAUAUAAAACUAAAAUGUUUUUCUUAGAGCAAUUUAUAUAGUAUAAUUUUUAAAUUUAAUCACUAAAUGUUUGUUGUCAAAGGUAAGUUAUUAACAGUUAAAUUUGAAUGUCUUACAUUCAAUAAGCAACUGUUCCAUGUGACAUUUCAGAUUAUUUUUGUUAAUCUUAAAAUAGUAUGUAUGGAAUUUUGUGAAUAUGAUUUCAAAUAAUUGUAUUCUAUGACAAAUCUCAACAUUCUGAGAUCUUAUUAAACUGUAUUACAGUAAUGUAUUUAUAAAAAUUCUGGAAUAAACUUUUGUCCCACUUUC